ACACAACAGUCUCUCUCUCUCUCUUUCUCUCUCACCACCACUUAACUUUUCAGUGCUUCUGUUUUUGUAAUCCAAAAACAUUUUCCCCUCCGUCUAUCUGUCUACAUUAAAUAGCUCUUAAAAUAGAGAGGGAAUUUUAGUCUACCGGCAAUUUAGUUGUAAACUGUGCCUGAAGGAUUGCUUGUUAAAUCUGCUUGCAAAAGGAAGACUGGUGGAAGAAACUUGUUUUCCAAGGACAGAAAAAUACAGAACUGAUGGCAAUCGAAAAGGUGACAGAUAUCACCUCUGAUAAUGUAUAUGCUUACGCAUUAUCAAAAACCCUCACGAAGGUCUCAUCUCCUCUAACCGUGGGCUUGUAUUCAGAAUGUCACAACCGGAUCAACAUGGUUCUCAAAAAAAUCGAGGUCCAUAUGAAUCUAGAGGCCCAAAGAAGAGAACAGAAGAACACUAAGGAACAAAAGCCUCGCUCAGUUAAACCCUCCAUAUGUGACCUGCUGUCUCUCAUCCUGCAUCUCCUCUUCUAUCGACCCGUGUGGACGGAGCAGAAUCAGAAGCGGAAGAAUAUUCGGUACAUAUUUGUGAGGUUCAGUGCCUGGCAUUUUGCUGGCAGUGACAUGCUGUGGGCUGGACUGGUUAUGCAAUUGUUCAAGUCUUUUCAGAAUAACUUCGGUAAGCUCCAGCUGGGUCUUUUUAGGAUUGCGCAAUACGAUGAAGAAAAGGAUUCGCCGAGAAAAAAGAUUGAGGACUCUCUAAAAGAAUGGAGGAGCAAAAAGUUGUGCUGUAUUCCCAUUUGGGCUUUAAUACUGAUGGGAUUUGUCGGAACAAUUGUCAUUGGGGUCUGUCUUAUUAUAUUUGGAUUUUCAGAACACAUGGGUAAACCAAUAAUGGAAAGCUUUGCUAUUACUGUACUUGGCGUUCCUGUAGCUGGGGCAAUAAAGUUCAUAUUCUUGUUACUGAAGAACCUCAUCUUCAACCAGGACCUUAAAGUAAGACAAGGGCUGGAUAACCAAAAGGUUAGUGAGCAGUUGGGACUGAUGCAUGAAGUUCGUAAAGAGAUGAGACUGCUAAGCUGUUUCGUUCACUUCAUGGAGCUCUUCGAGAGGAGAAAGAUCAGAGUGGUAUUGGAGAUCACCAAUUUGGAUCGGUGCACGCCGAAGAAAAUCGUAGGAGUUUUGGAUGCUAUCAACAUCCUUUUAUCUGACGAAGAGAGUCCCUUUAUUUCUCUGCUCGCCGUUGACCCAGAAGUGCUGGUUAGGCAGGUGGACCAGGCCGAGAAUUGUUUUGGCAAAAGAAAUUCAGCGUAUGACUUUCUAGACCGAAUAAUCACACUUCCCUUUACCGUGCCUCCACUGUGUGAUGCAUCAAAAUGCAAGGUCUUUCAGAACAUUGUCCGUGGUCAGUCCGAGAUCCGUGAAGACACCGAUACAUUGUCUCUGGGACCUCCCAGAACCUCAGUCUCUGUAGUAGAUGAGUCUACUAGUAAAUCUGAUCAUAAUAAAGAAGAUCAAGUCUCUCUUUUGAUUGCAGGGAAAGGAAAACCUUUUACGUACCCAGCAGCAGAACUUAGUCAAGUAGAAGUGGCUAAAACUAUUGAAUCUGCAUUUCAAGACAUCCUUUCCAGCAAGCUUAAAACAUAUUUAUCUGGUGACACUAUGUCCAUGAGAAGAGUGAUUAACUCCAUUCGUGUAACGAUUAUUAUUAUGGAGACUCUGAAAUUGGAGCUUCCACCUACUAAGAUGAUCGCUGCUUGGGUGGUUUUGGCAGACCGCUGGCCUUGUAGACUAAGCUGGAUUCUUCAGUGUAUAGAAGAUGACCAACAGAGAGCCGAGAUAGAUGGACAAAACGAAACGAUCUGUGCGACCAAUGACACCAAAGCAUUAUGGGAUGUGUUUAAUGAACACAGUCUUGAACUCUACCUGCAAGGACAUGAGGCUGAGAUCUUUUUGGAAAGAGAUUGGGACCCUGAACUUUUUGAGAUGUUCCUUAAGAAAGACUUCAGGUUCACGAUAGGGGAGGUGAAAAGGUUUGUGCUUUGUACUGUAAACUUAAACUAUUCAAUCAAGAAUGAGCUGGCCAAGAUACGCGGGAGCCAUGAAUUGAAAAGGGCGAGAAGAAAUGUGUUCAACUCACUCGCAGCAAAAAAAGUCAUUAGCAUGAAAACGGAAGAUGUUUGUGAAGAGCUGUUACGACUCAGCUUUUCAGAGAAAUACAUCACAAAAGUAAGGGAGAAUUCUUUAGAUGGUCAAACAAUCCUCUUCAGUGACCCCAAAGACCUCAGGCAGGUUCUGCAAAUGACUCUUGGUGAAUGGACAACUUUUAAAAUUCAUUUCCUCGGGGUCAUGCCUUCUAGACGAACAGAUCUGGCACAGUCUUCAAAAGCCACACGCCCUGAAAUGGUCAUGUGUUCAUGUGGACACGACCAGCAUAGAAUAUAAGUGACCUUGAGGUGUGCAUCGGUGCAUUCAUUGCACUAAGAAUGUUUCAGGAAACAAUGCCGAAUCCCUACGGCAAUAUAAUUUUCCUUUGGCAAGGCAUGCACAAGACUGUAAAUGUACACCAGUGAAUCAUAUCCAGGGAAUGAUGACGUUUGAAAGAAGAAAAGGUUUGUGAAAUGUAUGUGAAACACUUCUGCAAAUGAAUUAAUGUAUUUUUUUAUAUAGGAAAUAUACAUUUUAUGAUCCCUAAAACAUUUUCAGUGUUUUAAAAUGUAACAAUUACUGACUGUCAUUUCUAUAUGAAUACAUAUAAAGUCCCGAUAAGGAUUUUUAUCGCAGUGAUGCAACAAAAGAGCUAUUUUUGGUUUCUUAUUGAAAGGUUUCUAAAAGGGCCACUUUUACCUUUUAUAACGUAAAGAAAAUGUGACCAUGCUUGUAAAAACCCAGCUAAAGUGAUUUUUUGUGAUGGGUUCUACAUAAAAUCAUCCUACAUAAUGUAAAUAACAUUCUGUUAAAAUAUAAUAUUGAUGUCUUUAAUAUUGACUGAGUAAGGUCAUGUCAAAGAUUGAAAUCAAUGACUGAAAUAAGUUCACAUAACUUAAUAAGAUAUUUCUUUUUUUAUUGUGUUGUAUACCUUGUCAUGUAAAAAUGUGUCAUUAAGACAGACUUUCUAAAAUCAGCUAUUGUGAUACAAUUCACAGUUGACCUAAAGAAAUUAUGAUUUUGUCUGAGCUAUUCAUGAAAUAGAAAUAUGAUAAUUUAUAUUUUAUUUGUGUAAUCUUAAUAUUUUAAUAUUUUACACAAAAAAAAUUACUUUCAAUUUUGCCAAUUUUACUUAAUCCUUUCAUGUUGUGGUUACUUAAAAAAAAAAAAUCUAUUUAACAAUUUGAACUUAAUUUAAUCUAGUUCAUUGAACAAAAAGUGUCUUGAAAGCUUUACUUAAAAAUUAUUUGUUCAGCCAACAUAACAUUGUUGCAUAAAAGUAUUUAAGAGGAUUUUGCAGUGUGGCUAAUUGUUGUUUUGGCAGAAUUGUUGUACCCUCUUGCAGAAGUGUAGCACCAUUAUAUAGGUAAGUUAGUAAUAAAUGACCAAGUAUAAGUUAAUGAACUUGUUCUGAAAUAUUUUCAAACAAAACAAACAAACCAACGGUUUGAAAUGUAACAUUGCAUUUCAAAUAUGUUUGUUAUAUGUUCGAUAAACUGUGAUUAAAAAGGUCUAUAUGAUGAGUGGCAUUAAGCAGCUGCACUUUGAUUGAGUAAUUUAGUGUUAUGGACUUGGUAAAUCCUAAUUAAACGGGUGGAGUUUAUAAAAUGGCAUUAUUCAAAUUUUUUUGCCAUCAUUAAUUAUUUUUUUCAUGUUCAAUUAACUCAAUUGUUGUUUGUUGACUUUACUAAGGUUUGUUGAGUUUACUUAAACUUUUUUGUGGAAUUAACUAGAAUUAACUGGAAGCUGUUGACGUAAUACUUUUAAC